GUCAUCCAGUCAAUAAGUGCGCCAGCAGCAGAGCCGGAUCCGGAGUUCAGUCGCCACCGUUAACUCUUUGAAAUUGGACGCAGCGAGCGGCGAAUACGCGUUCGUGGCCACAGUGAGCGAGAAGGGAAGAUAUAGAGCGAAAGCAAGCCUAUUGAUAAUGCCCUAGAGAAAGUGCGGAAAGUGAUCUGAAAAAUUAAUUGCAUUCGCAAUAAAGCUGACAAAUAGAGCUGGAAAAAUAGUUGAUAACAGGAAAACUAUCCAAAACACUAAAACAAAUCGAAAGCCGAAUAAUCUAAACCAAAACUUGGGCUUGCAAAGCUUCCUAUAAAAAUAAUCUAACAAUAAAUAUAAUCACAAUAAUAAAAUAUAUAAAAUACAAAAUAAAUAAUAAAAUCCAUUAGCGGAUUACUUAGUAAUGAUCCGUAAUUCCUAUAAAUAACUCACGUCAAGUUCCAUCUGAAAUUUAAUUUAAUUUAAAAGAAGAAAACUAUAACUUGGUCUUUGGAAGACAGGUAAUCAACGGAAAGAAACUCAGUGACCGCGGCCCUUGACUUUCGAUCUCCCAUCAACGGCGAUAACCCAUUCACCACCUUGCAUGUGAGACCCGUAACCGACCCUUUCCGGUCCUGGUCCUGGUCGAUCCAAUGAAAAUGGAAGAUCCCACCAUUAACGACACGUACGUGCAGGAGUUUGAUCUGCACCAUUUGGAGGUGGGCGGAGCCCCUGGUAGCGGAACCACCAACGGCGGACCCUCGGUGGCCCCCAUUGGUCACGUGAAACGUGAGGAUCACAGUCCGCCGCAGCCGGUGGCAGUCAAGUGGACAACGAUCCACGGGGAGCCCACCAAUCCGGACGACGGACCGGAAGCAUUGCCCCUAUCCGGGCCAGAGCCCGCCGGAGCCGUGGAGGUCUCACCGUCGCCGCACAUCAAGCUGCGCUCCUUCUCGGGCCACCAGUGGCACAUGGACGAGCGACGGCUGCAGCCGCUCUCUCCGCCGCCAGAGCAGUAUGGACCGCUGCCCGGACAAGCUAUUCUGGUUAACACAUCCUCUGGAGCAGCAGGAGCGCCAGGUGUACCAGGCGGGGUGCCCUCCACGCCGCCGGAGACGCCACCUGUCGUGGGCUCGCCCACGGGCAGCAGCAGCUGUCCGGCCCAGACCUAUGCCCACCACUACGCCCGGACACCGGGUGGCCCUGCAUCCGCUGCUGUUGCCGCCUCUGCCGCGGCCGCUGCAUCCGGAGCGGCGGCAGUAAGCGCCGGACUGAGUCACGACAUGAUGUGGCUGACGAACUCCAUUCGGGCAGAGCAGCAGCCCCUGGAUCUGCGUCCGCUGGCCUAUCCCGGCUCACAGGAGGAGGCGGAGGAGUGGGAUCGGCAGCGGGACUACGCUCUGCAAGCGGCCGCGGCCCAUCAUCACCACCAUGGACAGCCGCUGAUGCAGGCGCAGCAUCAUCCGCACGGCCACGGCGGUCACCCACAUCCGCAUCUGCAGCAGGCCAAGUACCCGCACCACCACCACCACCAUUUCCACAACCUGGACCUGACACCCAUCAACAUGCACUCGCACUCGAACUCCUACGGCGGUGCGCUCGGAUCGGGAUCGGUGACGCCCACUUGCCUGCCGCAGGUGCCGAGCAAUGGGAGCGGCAGUAGCAGCGGGGGCGGUGGCGGAGGAGGAGGCAGUGGAGGUCCUGGCAGCGUCAGCGGCGGAUCCUGUGUGAUCACCCGGGCAGCCCUCCAACCAUGCCGCCCGCUCUCUGCAAGCUCCACAAGAUCCUCAAACAACAUGUCGCCCCGAACGUGCUCCGGGGCCUACAGCACUGCCACCCUGGAGGACUGCAUCAACGACGACAUGCUGACCACACUGACGGUACGAGAACUAAACAAGCGACUCCACGGCUGCCCUCGGGAGGAGGUGGUGCGUUUGAAGCAGAAGCGGCGCACAUUGAAGAACCGUGGCUACGCCCAGAACUGCCGCUCCAAGCGACUGCACCAGCGCCAUGAACUGGAAAAGGCCAACAGGCAGCUUAACCAGGACCUGCAUCGCCUGAAGGUGGAGUACUCGCGGGUGUGCCAGGAGCGGGACGCUCUCAUGCAGCGUCUGCAGCGCGUGGGCGGAAACGGAGGUGGGGGCACAGGUGCCGGAGACAACCAAAACUCGCCGGAGUUCUACCUCUGACGCCAGCUGGCGGCGGCCAGCGGCAACGGCUCCUCCACAUCCGCAUCCGCGUCUACAUCGCAACACCACCAGCUCCAUAUCCAGCACCGGGGUCCACAGUGGAACCCCCAGCAGAUGGUCAACUGAGCGAAAAGCGUUCCGGGUGUAAGGUAUUUCCCCAAAGAGGUUAUUUCUGGAGCCCAUUUGGGGCUCUAGGGGUUCAUCAGACUAUAAAUAAUUUUUAAGUAAAUUUUCGGAGAACACUUUGAAAAUCAUUUGCUGAAAGGUUUUAGUUUCCAACAAUAAAAGCACAUAUAAUUAAGUAUAUUCCAAAAAUUAAUUAAUAUUAUUUUAAAGUUAGUCAUACGUUCAGUAAUAUUUUAUAUUUCUUUUUUUGUCCAUUUUUGCAUUCCCAUUACCACCAUUGUUGAUAUUUAUUAAAUCAAUUUUAGAACAUUAAGAAAAUAUUUGAAUUUUAAAUUCACCCAACGAACUUCAUCCUAUAAUUCCACGAAAUUUCUCUCAUUUGUUUUGGAGCACAGUUAUUCGUAAUCAAUAUUUUUUCCUAAUUAAUAGUUUUCAGGGAAUUAUUUAGAGAAAUAUUUAAAGCAUUUAAAUUCCCUUUAAUUUUGAUUGUGACAAUAAAUUUCAAUUGAAUUUGCGUUCGUGCACUUUGAAAGUGAUCGCCAGAGAUUGAUGAUGAUAUAUUGAACUAUUGCUGAUUAUCAGUCUGACUAAGGCAAAAAUCGAUUAUAAAUAAAAUUAAUUCGAACGUGUAUGUAUAAAGAACAAACAUUGUAUAAAGCAGAGAAACAAAAACAAAUCAAGAGAAUCAAACUUGCAGCUUCUGAUUAACGAUCGCUACAUUAUUACAAAUUACGAGUUAGUAACACACGCUUAUUUGUUGAUUAGUUCUAGACUUAGUUUCUCUUCUAGUUUUAAGCGGAAGGCACGAAGGAGCGAAAAAUAAUAAUAUCAUAGAAGCAAUAGUUGUACGCAGAGUUGUUCUUAGAGGCCGUGUUUCCGUUUCCGUUUAAGCCCGAUUCCACUCCUCCGUAAGCAAUAAAAUUACUAAAACUAAAGGUUGUAAUUAUGUUUAAAUACUGCAGAAGCAAACGAGCAAAUGAUGUUGUAUAAAGAGAAGCUGAGCAAAACUCUACUGAAGUAAACUAAACAAACAACAAGUCCUAUACAAUGUAAUAAGCACUUUAAAAGAACGAUAAUGGCAUAUGUAAAUACACCCAACCACACAUACAAAAUAAGAAAAUGCUACAAAUUUAAAUUCUUUAAACUUUAAGGAACUUGCAAAAAUAUUUAAAUCUCGUUUUGUAAAAUCAAAAGAGCGGAUCCGAACAGAGAAGACAACAAAUUUAAGAUAAUUAAUAACUAAUAACAAUUGUGAGUAGUUGAUAAGUGUGCAUAAAACAAUUUAGUAAUAAAUAAAUCUAAAAUUAAAGUAAAA